AUGGCCUCAGGUAAGGUCGAGAAAGGAAAGAUGGACUCGGAGGGUCCAAUCACGCCGGUUCUGCAGCAAUAUCCUGCUCCUGACGACGCCUACGAUGUCGACUACGAGAAGCACGGCGCUGGCCGUGAGUCCAAUCCGCUGCCCGAUCUGAAGCGUAGACUGAAGAGUCGUCACUUGCAGAUGAUCGCUAUCGGCGGCACGAUUGGAACUGGCCUGUUCAUCGGUAGCGGCGCCGCCGUCGCAGAUGCCGGUCCUGUCGGUGCCCUCAUCGCUUACAUCUUCGUCGGAAGUAUCGUCUACUCGGUCAUGAUCGCUCUGGGAGAAAUCGCAACCUAUAUCCCGAUUCCCGGUGCCUUUACCGCGUAUGCCACUCGCUUGAUCGACCCCAGUCUCGGUUUCUCGAUGGGUUGGAUUUAUUGGUUCUCUUGGGCGUCGACAUUUGCACUCGAAUUGACGGCCACGGGUUUGAUUAUUCAAUUCUGGGAUUCCGAUAUUCCGAUCGCCAUCUUCAUUGCAGUCUUCUGGGUCGUGAUCAUUCUGUUCAACAUGGUUCCCGUCGGCUUCUAUGGAGAGAUGGAGUUCUGGUUCUCGAGUAUCAAGGUCAUCACGGUUAUCGGCUUCAUGAUCUUCGCCAUCUGCAUGAAUGCCGGUGUUGGCAAGGAGGGGUACCUCGGCUUCCGGUACUGGGUGACCCCGGGUCCGUUCGUUGCCUUUGAACUUAACGAUAUCGGCGGCGACGUGUCUCUCGCCAAGUUCAUCGGCUUCUGGUCAGUUCUGAUCAAGGCCGGCUUCUCUUAUCAAGGCACGGAGCUGGUCGGUAUUGCGGCCGGUGAGACCGAGAACCCUCGCAAGACCGUCCCUUCCGCGAUCAAGAAGACUUUCUUCCGCAUCAUCUUCUUCUUUAUCCUGACCAUCUUCUUUAUUGGUAUCGUGGUGCCUUCGGAUGACCCUGACCUGUUGAACAGUGAGGGUAGCGGAGCUAGCGCGAACAACGGCAAUGCUUCGCCGUUUGUGAUUGCGGCCCGACGCGCCGGUAUCAAUGCUCUUCCGGAUAUCAUCAACGCCGUCCUUCUGACCGUGGUGCUCUCCGCAGCCAACUCGAACGUGUACAGCGGUAGUCGUAUUCUGGUUGGAUUGGCCCAGGAAGGCUUUGCUCCGCGGUGCUUUAAGACAACGACCAAAGGCGGUGUUCCUUACUGGGCCGUUCUCUUCACCGCUCUGUUCGGCCUGCUGGGCUUCAUGAACGUGUCCAGCACGGCCGCCAACGUCUUCAACUGGCUGCUCCAGAUCUCGGGUGUGGCCGGCUUCAUCACCUGGUCCUCCCUGAAUCUCUGCCACCUCGCAUUCAUGCGGGCACUCAAGGCACGCAACAUCUCGCGGGAUGUUCUGCCGUACAAGGCCGCGUUGCAGCCUUUCCUCUCGUGGUACGGGCUGUUUUUCAACGUCCUGAUCAUCAUUACCCAGGGUUUCACCUCAUUCAUCGGAGGAUUCCAGGUCCAGAACUUUUUCAUGGACUACCUCAGUCUGAUUCUGUGGGUCGUUCUGUAUGUGGGACACAAGGUGAUCUACCGCGAUCCCUUCGUCAAGCCUCUUGAAGCCGACCUGGACACUGGCCGAACCACGGCUGAGAAUGAGUCCUGGGAGACGACCGAGCCGACGACCUGGUACGGCAAGAUCUGGCACUGGAUCAGUGGCUAA